GCAGUGUCCAGCGGGAAGAAAUGUCGUCUCGCGUCACGACCAAUACUUCUUUCACGUGUAAUGCGUCCUGAACGACCACGGUAGAAUCAUCGAACAAUGCGAUGUCUGCAAAGGAAUUCAUCGACGAUUUAGCAUAUGAGUCAGCCGCUGAGACUGUCGAUGAUGAUCAUAAUCUCGAAGAGAAGACCGGCAUAGUGAAGGGUCGUGGAGAACGAGUUGAGUGGUCAAGCGAUGAUGACGCCGAAGCCGUCUACAAAGCAUUCAAGAAAAGGAAGUCCGAUCAGCGGAAACGGCAAGCUGCAAACCAGAAGAGAGCCAGAGCAUCCGCGAAAGGGUAUGAAGAGUCCAUAGUCGGGAAGAGGAAACGGCCAGUUACGAAAGACCAUGAAGGAUCUGCCAAAAGAACCCAAAGAGCCUAUGGGGACGAGUCCGGAGACGAAGACCUCGGCGAUGAGGCCUUGCCUGACUAUGUCAAAUCCCGACAAACCGGAUUUAACGAAAACCGGGAGAGACUUGGCGAAGCGGGACUGAAGCUUCCUCCUCUCUACGACGACAUUGAUUUCUCUGAUGAUGAACGGGUAUCAUCGCUGAAAGAACGACCGGUAUUUACAGAUGUGAGGCUGUCCCGUCCAAACGAAGAUCACAAGAUGAUGUUAUCCGGCGGUCUAAUUCCAGCGCCCAUUGCCAAGUAUCUCCGUGAUUACCAAGUCAAGGGAGCGGAAUUUCUGCACGAGAGCUUCGUUUAUCAGAGAGGUGCCAUCCUCGGCGACGACAUGGGGUUGGGAAAAACCAUCCAAGUCAUUGCCUUCCUCACCGCAGCGUUUGGAAAGAUGGGGGAUGAACGUGACGCAAAGCUCAUGAGAAAGAUACGCAAAGUAGGAGGCGAUCGAUUCUAUCCUAGAGUGCUCAUCGUUUGCCCCGGGAGUCUCAUGGACAAUUGGCGAUCGGAACUUCAUGGAUGGGGAUGGUGGCAUGUCUACACAUUUCACGGCUCAACUGACGAUAAAGAAACGGCGCUACAAGCUGCACGAAGCGGACGAGCUGAAAUUGUCAUCACGACAUACACAACAUACCGACUGAACAAGAGUGCCAUCAACACUGUCGAUUGGGAUUGUGUGAUUGCGGACGAGUGUCAUGUAAUCAAAGACCGAAGGUCUGAAACGACGCUCGCGAUGAAUGAGGUCAACGCCCUUUGUCGGUUGGGGCUAACUGGCACUGCGAUCCAGAACAAUUAUGACGAGCUCUGGACGUUGCUAAAUUGGACCAACCCCGGACGAUUUGGCAACGUCACAACCUGGAAACUUUGCAUCAGCAAGCCUCUGCAGCUUGGGCAAGCACAUGAUGCAACCGUUGGCCAGUUGGCAAGGGCUCGAAAAGUUGCGCAGCAGCUUGCCAACAACCUUCUACCGCGGUUCUUCCUACGCCGCAUGAAGACUCUCAUUGCCGAUCAACUUCCGAAGAAGAGUGAUCGAGUGGUGUUUUGCCCCCUUACCGAGAAACAAGCCGAUGCCUACGAAAAUCUUGUGGACGGUGAAAUCAUCCAUCAUAUCAAACAGAUCUCAGACCCAUGCAGUUGCGGCGAACCAGGGAAAUUGUUUGGAUGGUGCUGUGGCCAGGAAAUCCCCGGAAAGGAACCUCCGAGAUGGCAAGCCUGGGUCUUCCCAGCCAUCCUGACCCUUCAGCGAGCAGCCAACCAUCUUUGUUUGCUGGUACCCUCUGGUCUGGAUCAUGUGGAGAAGGAAAAGAGAGAUGUGGAUUGGCUGAAAGAAGCCUUGCCAGACGAGUGGCGCAGGCUAUACCGUGAACGGGACAAUAUCAUGAACUACGCUCGAGAAGAAUAUUGUGGGAAAUGGAAAGUCCUCAAAAAGCUUCUCGGGUUCUGGUCUUCGAAUGGCGAUAAGGUGUUGGUUUUCAGCCACAGCGUGCGAUUGCUGAAGAUGCUGAAGAUGCUAUUCACUGCGACGACCUCAUAUAAUGUUUCAUACUUGGACGGUGCGAUGAAGUACGCGGAGCGGACGCAAGUCGUGAACGACUUCAACGCAGACCCACAGCAAUUUGUCUUUCUCAUCAGCACUCGCGCCGGCGGUGUCGGCUUGAACAUUACAUCAGCAAACAAGGUGGUAGUGGUCGAUCCGAACUGGAACCCUUCCUAUGACCUCCAAGCGCAGGACCGAGCAUACCGUAUCGGGCAGACCCGCGAUGUCGAAGUUUUCCGACUGGUCAGCGCCGGCACAAUCGAGGAGAUAGUCUACGCAAGACAGAUAUACAAGCAACAGCAGGCAAAUAUCGGGUACAACGCCUCGGCCGAGCGACGGUACUUCAAAGGCGUUCAGAACAUGACGGAGAAGAGAGGUGAAAUCUUCGGUUUGCAGAAUCUUUUCGCGUACCAAGGAGACAGCGUCGUCUUGCAGGAUAUCGUGAAUAAGACAAAUAUCGCUGAGUCCAAGGCUGGCGUUGCAAUCGUAGACAUUAAUACGGACAUGACGCAAGAUGAUCCUGAAGGUGGUGAUAACGAUGACCUGCACAUCAAAGAGGAGGCUGCCGCUAUGAACGAACUCGCAGAGAGCAUCAAGAUCGGUGACGGACCGGCACCAAAAGGGAAAAUCAAGUCUGGAAAAGGCCUGGCAUCGAAAAAGAAGAACGCGGACCCAAUCCAGGCGAUCUUGGCUGGAGCAGGCGUGGAAUAUACGCACGAGAACUCUGAGGUCAUCGGCUCAUCGAAAACGGAGAAGAAGCUGAGCCGACGAGCCGUUGAACAAGAGCUUGACCCCACACUGAUGAGCAAGGCAGUCUUUGAAAGUCAGACGGGCACCAGUUCGGGGAAGACGAGUUUCGAGACCGGUCCUGAAGGAACGCCAGUCAAGGGAUUUGACCCGAGGUACCUACCGCAGAAGUAUCAGCCGCCAGAGGAUGUGAGACGGCGACAGUUCUGCUCCAUGGCCAAGGAGUUUGGACUUGAUGCGACGCAGUUUGCGCUGACUGUCGAGGGAUGGACACAAGCUCAGCGUAGGAAUUGCCUGGAGAGAUUCUACAAGAUCAGAAGGCAGCGAUUAGCGAACCCCGACGCGGUGUUGGCUGAGGUGCCAUUAGAUACCCUUAAGACCGAGGUGAAGGACGAGAGUGAAACGGACAGCGGUGAGGAACUACUGUAACGAUUGAUGAUGAAGAGCCGAUAUGUAUUAGGUUACGGCUUAAUGACGGCAUACGACAAUAUAUCUUGCAAAGCAAACGGAUCUCACUCUAUAUCAAGCCCGUAUAGCCCCACUGCAAAGAAAACCGCCACCUCCUAAAGCUCCAGCGCUGCCAUAACCGUUCAGUCCACGCACCAACGCCGAACACCAAAGCAUCAAAUCUUGACCACAUCGUUUGCAGCCGGUUGUCGAGGUGGCUGAUCAAA